AUGGGCGGGCAGACGAUAUAUGCGGCCGACCUCGUGAGCGUUGGACCCGAUGAUGACGGCGUCUCGAACAUUGUCACGUAUCCUAACGGGGUGAUGGCUUUGCCACAGCUCGGAUUGCUGGCACUCAAUGCUGGACCCAAUGCCAAAAAUGUGUACCAAUCUUUCCCUGCGACCAAUAAUUCUGGCGAGUUUGUCACGGUCCAGAUACCCGCAGGAAAUCUCUUCAGUCAAAACAUUAUUCCUUCUUACUCCUAUGGGCUGCACGUCGGAGCUGCUGCCUUGAACUAUCCUGGGUCUCUAUAUCUGGGAGGCUACGACAAAGCAAGAGUCAUUGGUCCUUAUACAAUUCUUGGCAGUCAACUCCCGACCUUACUUGACAUCGGUAUUGGCGUUGAGACAGGGGGUAGUCCCUUCUCGUUCCAGAACAAGAGUGGACUACUAUUCCUUGACAAUGAGAAUGACAAUAUCAGUAUAGACAUUGUACCACAUGCACCGUAUCUUUACCUUCCACCCAAGACUUGCGAGGGCCUGGCCGAGAUACUGCCAAUCUACUUUGACCAGGGGACCAAAUACUAUCUUUGGAACACUUCGGACCCUGCGUACAAGCAAGUGGUCACCUCACCGGCAUAUUUGAGCUUCACUUUUCCUCCAGCGCCUCCAGACCCGAACAAUGUCAUCAUCAAGAUCCCCUUCGCUUUACUCAACCUGACUUUGAGCUCUCCCAUCGUCUCUGCGCCAGUUCAAUACUUCCCAUGUCAAGCAGUACCCAAUUUGAACGACGGAUACGAAUACGCUCUCGGCAGGGCAUUCUUGCAAGGAGCUUUUGUUGGCUGGAACACGAAUGCACACAUUGGCUGGCUUGCUCAAGCUCCCGGUCCAGGUGACUCGAACAUAGGGCUUGGUGAAGUAGGCCAGGAUAUAGCAAACGAUGCUGUUGAUCUCGACGUAUACAACGGGACAACAACCAAUCUUUUCGCGCAGUCUUGGGCUAAACAUUGGACACCACUCCCGUCUCAAGCAACACCAUCCUCUCCGACCUCCACGUCCGCAAAGAAUUCGAAGACCAUAUCGUCAGGUGCCAUAGCUGGCAUCGCUGUUGGAGCCGCCAUUGCAGUCAUUGCACUUGUCUCGGGUAUAGUCCUAUGCAUGAGACGAAGGAGAAAGCGUGAGGCUGCUAAAGAGAUCUCACUCAACGACCGAAGCGAAUCCCCUAAGACUGACGAUGUAUUGAUCGAACUUCCGUCACGUCUAUUGACACCUCCGCCUCCUUUCACUCACAGUCCCCAUGAGCUGCAUCAAGGCCAGUUCUACCAAGUUGCUGAGAUGCCUGGUAGUCGUGCCGGACAUGAAUUACAUUCGGAUACUCGAGCUGCGCCUGUAAGACCUGGCAGGAUAGAACAGCGUGAUGCACACGAACUAGGACUUCCCCCAACCCCUAGCCCAUGA